UCUGCGUUGGCUGAACUUCAUACCUGUAAAACCUCGUGUCCGCGUCUGUCGCCCGCAGAUCGAAAACAACUUCGUGAAGACCCCGGAGCAAAGGCGGGACAGCUCCCUUCUCCUGCCACUUUGUCGGUGACCAUGCCGCAGCUGGACAGCACCGGAAGGGACCCCUUGGCUGCGGAUCAGGAGACCAUCUCCUUCACAGGCGGACGGGAACGUGGCGGGGAAAACCGAGACAUAUUGCCAGCAGAAAGGGAUGCGGCAGAUCUCCCGUAUUCUCUCACAAAUCAGUCAGACUGCAAGGAAGCCAGUCUGAAAGAGUUGGAGCAGGAUGAGCGCAGACGCGCAGCUCCAAGUGGCGACGUAAGAGGAACGAGAAACUUGGCAGCGCGCAGCGGCGAGCCGUUUACGAUCCCCGAGAUCGGCACCCUGCCCGUCGGACCCCGAACAUGUUUGCAGGUGAAAUGGCCCGUUGCGGACACCGAGCGGGCGAACCUUCAGAGUAGACUGGCACCUGAGUACACCGUGUCCCCCUUCCCUGCUGGAUGUCCUGGACCAACACUUCAGCCUAGUGAUGUUGCUGUGGUACAACAGCCUCAUUGUAUUCAUCCACUCACACCCCUAAUCGCCUACAGCAGGGAUCAGUUCCCUUGUUUGAUCCAUCCAUCGCACCUGCCGGGCGGUGCGGAGCCUGAAAUAGGAAUUCCAAGGCAGCCACACAUGGCCCACACCAUCCCCACAUACUGUCCAUUUUCUCCGGAAGCCACAAGCCAGAUACCCCAUCCAGUGGGGUGGCUCAUUUCACAGCAAAACCAGUCAGUUUACCCAAUUGUCCAAGGAGGAUUUAAUCAUCUAUAUCCAGCUGCUGUCACCAUCAGAACAUCCCUGUCAAACGGUGUCCCUUCGAGGCUGCUCCCCCCGAGGGUUUCCCCGCGUUACAGCUUUCACGUGGCCGCGAUUCCGCAUGUCGCCAACCCCCGCUUCGGACAGGAACACGGCAGCAGCGACCUAGCAAACCGCCUAAAGCGUUCCGAUUUGAAAAAUGAGGACGAGAAGAAGAACCACAUCAAAAAGCCCCUGAACGCAUUCAUGCUGUACAUGAAGGAGAUGCGUGCGAAAGUGGUGUCCGAGUGCAUGCUGAAAGAGAGCGCGGCCAUCAAUCAAAUUCUAGGACGGAGGUGGCAUGCGCUGUCUAGAGAGGAGCAGGGGAGAUAUUAUGAGCUGGCAAAGAAGGAAAGGCAGCGACACAUGCAGCUGUACCCCGGAUGGUCAGCGCGGGACAACUACGGCAAAAAGAAAAAGAGGAAAAGGGAAAAACUCCCAGGAGAGGACCAUGUCAAGUAA